CAUCAGCUAGCUAGUUAAUUUGUCACUAUGUGAGAGUCUUGUGCGUAUCCAUUGCAAUUCCACUGCGUAUUACAUUUUCAGACCGCUUUAUUUUCGCGCACACAAAAAAAUAGCAGGUUGUUAAAGUUACAAUAUAUAACUUUUUGGGCGACCCGACCAAAUUCGAAUAGAAAUAAGUCUGAGAAAACAUGUGGCGGAAGGCUGCGGGAGCUGCCCUGUUGGCCUUGGCCGUUGGAUACUUCUACCACACCAACCCUGAGCUGCCUCAACAAGUUCUCCAGUACUUGUCCCUGCCUCAUCCAUCCACUCAGAGCGACCCAACCUUGGAGCAGGUUAUCUCCACUGCCUGGGAGACCCUAAUAACGGCCCCCGCCAGUCAGUGGGGCAGAGUGGCAGUAGGGGUGAAUGCAUGUGUGGAUGUUGUGGUGUCGGGGAUAGGACUGCUACAGGCUUUGGCUGUGGAUCCUGGGUUGGGCCGUGACCAUGAAGUGUUACACUCUAAAGAGGACCUGAAAGAGGCUUUCAUCCACUACAUGGAGAGGGGGUCCGCGGCGGAGCGUUUCUUCACCGACAAAGAGGUCUUCCAGAGGAUUGCACGGGCCGCUGCAGAGUACCCUGGUGCUCAGCUAUAUGUUGGAGGAAAUGCUGCUCUCAUUGGACAGAAACUUGCCACAUACCCUCAGCUGAUGGUUCUGCUAUGUGGGCCUGUUGGGCCUAAACUACAUGAGAUGCUGGACGAGCAAAUCAUUGUACCCCCCGAGUCCUUGCAGGAGACUGAUGAAUAUCACCUAAUUCUGGAGUACAAAGCAGGGGAGCAGUGGGGUGCGACACGGGCUCCCCAAGCCAACCGCUUCAUCUUCUCCCAUGACGUGUCCAAUGGGGAGAUGAGAGCACUGGAGAUGUUCGUGGCCAGCCUGGAUGAGUUCCAGCCAGACCUGGUGGUCCUGUCCGGUCUGCACAUGAUGGAGGGCCAGGGGAGGCAGAUGUGGGAGCAAAGGCUCAAAGAGGCAGUGGCGGCCAUUUCUGACGUCCGCAAUGCGGUACCCGUCCACCUGGAGCUAGCAAGCAUGACUGACAAAGACUACAUGAACAGCAUCAUGCAAGAGCAGGUCAUGCCCAUAGUGACAUCCAUCGGGCUGAAUGAGCAGGAGCUACUUUUCCUCUCCCAGGCCGGCACAGGGCCUCACGCUGAGCUGGCCUCCUGGGGGGGCAUACCGGAUGUAGGCCGCGUCAGUGACAUCCUCCUGUGGGUCCUUGAGCAGCAUGGACGCAGUGACCCCGAGUCGGAGGCUGACCUCACGCGUAUCCACUUUCACACUCUGGCGUACCAUGUCCUUGCCACUGUGGACGGGCACUGGGCCAACCAGGUGGCCGCCGUGGCAGCAGGGGCCCGUGUGGCCAGCAUCCAGGCCUGCGGCCUCCAAAGCAUAGAUGCCAGUAAGGUGGUCCUUAGAGCUCCGCUGGAGUUCCACAGCUCCCACGGCGAACUUAGAGAGAAGUUGUCCCUGAACCCAACUGAGCCUGUCACUGUUUGGCACCGUGGCAACGUGACCUUUCACCUUGCACCCGUGCUGGUCUGCAAGCAGCCACUCCGGACAGUAGGGCUUGGGGACGCCAUCUCAGCAGAGGGGCUCGUGUACUCUGAGAUCAGGCCACAGCUGCCAUUUUUGUGAGGUCCUUUUUUGUUGCACUCUUGUUCUUUUAUUGUAUGGUGGUGUGCACCAUAUCUCCCCAACCCCAACCAACCAGUGAUGUCUUUACCUGUACUGUAGCUUUUUCUUGGGUUGAAAUUCUGAUCCUUGGUUAGCUAAGUAUUUUGCACUGGGCACAGUUUAAGCCAUUUCUGUAACUCCAAGGAGUUGUGCUGGGUUACCUCUGAUUUCAUUUGCCUUGUGAAAAUUCUAUGUAAAUGUUUGUGUACAAAGACAAUGCCAAAGCUGCUUGUCAGUUUGGUUUGGAGGGGGGAAAUGGAAAAACAUUCAGCGAUAUGGUCUCCAUAAGUAGCGGUGCGAUUUCAGACAGGGUUUGAGCUUUCAUGCUGCACAAUAGAGGAGCAACCUCCUGUGCACAUAUGCAGAUGCUGAACAGUGCCAAUGAGUUCAGCCUCUUGCAUCACACUCUUUUGGAAGUUUAUUUUCACAUCAUCUCGCUGAGUCUUAGUUCAAUUUCCUUCAAUAAUCUUUUCUUGUUGACCCUGUUCAGAACAAGCUCCCUCAUCCAAGCACUAUAGUUGGGGAAAGUGGGGUAAGUUGAGCCAAAUGGUUAGUUGGGCCACCCCUUGUUUCUAGGAAACUAUACAUUUUGUGUAUCAUGUGACCAAAUAUUUAGGAAGAGGUCAUAAUUUCAUGGAGUCUGGGAAGGAAGAAACCACAUGGAAAAAGUGGUCCAAAGGGUAAAAAAAAAAAAAAGAUUUUCACUGUCAAAUGAAUUUCUGUUAUAGGUUUCAUGUUUGUAUCUAAACCAAAGUAGAUUGUUUUAUACAUCAGUUGCCGCUUCUAUAAGCUGCAAUAUGAGGUCCUAAACCUAGCAUUAAAGUGCAUCCUUGUAGCUACAGUAUAUGGGCUAAUAUAGUCAAUGUUUGCCUCGAGGUAAAUUGAACCAAUCACUACCAUACCCCAUACAAAUGAUGAUUAUUUGGUUAGUUUUAUGCACAAUAUGCAUAGUAUUUUAGCAAUGUGUCAUGCAUAUGAACUCGAGUAGUGUAUUUUUAUUGUUACAGCGCAGACAUCAUGCCACGUGUGUACAAACGUAAAACAAGCAGGGGUGUAGCCCCCCUUUAGCUUCUUGAGAGCAGCCAAGGAAGGGAAGAAGUCCAUUCAAGCAGCAGCAGCAAUGGAUGAAAGAAAUGUACUGAAUGACACCUGAAGAGGUACUAUAACGUUUAACCGCGAGUAAAAUACAUGUCCGCCACCAGGCAUUAUACACAAGGCUCAUUCCUCUGCACAGGUGUUGCUGCUACCUGGCAGAUCUGGAUAGGUAUUUUAAAUAUCAGCCAUAUACACAUGUUAUAACAAUCUGUCAGUCAAUGACACCGUUGAUGUGGCACGCAAACAUUGGUUGAUGCAUGCAAUGUCUGAGCAGGGGAAUGUGACCAAGGUCUUAUCUGACGACAUGGAGUCUGUCUUGCUAAACAUAUCAAGAAUCUUGCAGACCAGUUUUAUGGGCUUAGUAGCCUCAAAUACAGAGAACAUGCCUAUGAUUUGGCACAUCAAAACUACUUCUGUGUCCCAGACAACUGCUUAAGAAAUUGAAUAGUAAGUGGUAUUGAACAGCGAGAUCUAUAUCAAUGUAGGCAUACAUUUAACAUAUACAAUAUACCACACUCUCAUCCAUGAAUUAAACAUUGCCCUACCAGCAUCAUCACCCACUUAGGGUAAGUUGUGCCUAGAGACCACUUUUUGUGGACAAGUAUGUUUUCAAAACGUAUACUAUAUUUCCCUUGACAUAGUGAUGCUGAAUGUAAAAUAGUAGUAGAAUCUCACAAAUACAUCCCCUCAUUACAAUCAAUACAACACCUGUGCAAACUGGGGCUGAAGUUAACCACCCAGACAGUUUUCUGUGGAGAUUUGGUCAUUUAGUUUUCAUUUGGCCAAAUGAUAGUAAUAGUGAACUAUUAGGGCUUCAUUCAGGCUUAAAGUGUCCCUUUAAAGUGUCCCCUUUUUUAAUGGAGCCUUUACAGGUUUCCAUGUCAUGCAGAUGAUAGGACCUGUUCAAUACCCACAAAGUGCAGUAGGAAGGGUUGUGACUGACAUGUCCUAUGACACGCCCAGCAGACAAGGCUGGUAUGGAAGAUUGCUCACCCAUUGCACCCCUUGGGGUCCCGAAAACCGAGGUUGGGAAACGCUCUUUAGCACAUCUGAUGAGACUGCUAUCUAUUCUAGUACUUGGCUGCUGUCCUCUGGCUAGCUGUUUGCCCUGUCACUCUCUGUUUGAAUACUUUGAAUGCCAGUAGCACACAAAAGCUGUACUCCUACAGCUGUCAUGACAUCCACCUAAGCCGUAAAUAAUAUUUGGAUCUCUUGUCCGCAAUGGCAGACGUACACAAGCAUUCCAAGCCCAUCUGUAUCCUUGACUCACAACUGGGUCAAGCAGAUUAUGAGGGGUGAAGUGUGCCAGUGAAAUACUUCAUAUUAUUGUGAAUUGUCACUUUUUGUUCAGCUAUUUUGAUCAACUUUACAAGUAAACAUGUAAAUUAUACCUGUUACACUGCAACUAAUGAAGCCCCUUGUUAAAACUCCUACAAAGACGGAUUGUUACUGAUGUUAAAACUCCUACAAAGACGGAUUGUUACUGACAGGGUGCUGUUGGACAUUGCACACAGCAGACUGUGAUGAAAGUCUGCAGACCCAGUAUGACGAGAGUACGAUCUAGUACUUUUCUGUUGUCCUCUGGCUAGCUGCUUCCUCUAGCUUCUGCCAGUGACUGAAUGAUACAAUGAAUAAUGCAAAGAUGUACUUCUACGGCUGUGUAGUCUACUCUGCUGCUGUCAGGACAUCCACCUCGCAGCCGGAAAGUACUAUGUUAAUCUCCAGUCCACAAUGGCGGACGUACACAAGCAUUCCAAGCCCAUCCUUGACUCACAACUGCAUCAAGUGCAGAUUGUGUGGUGUCCAGCCACUAUGUAAAGUCAAGCAAUAGAAUAAAACAUAAUAUUAAUAUUCAGAGUUGCUGCUGUCCACCCCAGCUAAUUUGUAAAGAUUUAGGGCUGUCUUGUUUAUCCUAUGUAGGACAUGCCACAUGGGCAAUUCAACAUGUUAAUAAUUCCUGGUAACUGAUGGAGCCCAUCAUUUCUACGUCUUGGUAUACGCCAUGUUUAUUGGUUUCACAUCAAUUGUGACCUUGAGUAAUUAAGUAGAGGAAAGAUCAAUUUUAAAGUAUUUGAAAGCACCAUCCAUGCUCAAAUAUCACUUACCUUACUGCUAUAAAGAACUGGAAAGAUUUUUUUGUUGUUUUGAUGCCCUAGGUACAUUUUUGCUUUGUUGCUGCGAAACUGAGAAUUGGGAUGGUACAAAACAGAGCAAUCAUAAGCUAUGCAGAACUUAUUUGUCUCGAAUCUCAUUGCUUUCUUAGCCUGGUGGAACCAGACAAAGCUUAUGAUAACUCACAUUGUUUCACUUAAAUGAAACUUGAGCAUAGCGGUCAGUCUGCUUCAUAUAGAUCCUAUUAAAUUACUAGAGAGCCUAUGUCAUGAACCCUCAAAGUUCCAUAAUGGUAUGAUAAUGGCAGCCAUUUUGGUCAGGGAGAAAUCCAAACCACUCUAGUUGCGGGAAAUGGGUUCAUGUUAAUUGAACGCAGACGUUCCAUUGACCAGAAUGGCGCACAAUCAACAAAUCUGAUCUAACAAUUUGGAGAUUCUUCAAAUCAGUCAUGAUUUAUGUAUUGUAACAGGCCCACAAUGUGCUUACUUGAGUCCGAUUUUGAUACAUUUGGCUGUUUUUGCUGCAUGUAGAGGCUGUCCCUUUUCAGGUUUAGAAGUGACUGCUAAAUGCGAACUCCCGUUCGUAUAAACUGGUUAGCAUAGAGAAAUCACUGUUGGUAGUGGGUCGUUUUUAACUGUAAUGCAGUUGAUCGGUAACGAUGACAUGAACAUGUGUUGGGGUUGGCAUCCAUACAAGCAUUAUAUUCUGUUUACCUCAACAUAGUGUGAAAUACACAUAAACAAUUGUCUAAAUGUAGACUAAUGUUGCUGAAUUGCGUUUCCAUGGCAAUUCCAUUGUUUUGGUAGAGUACGUUUGACCUUUAUACCGCAUAUAUUUCGAAUGACUAGCAGAAGAGGCAUAGGUGAUGCGUUUCCUGCUUGUACCUAUGCAGGAACAUAAAAGGCAUGCGAUAUCAGAAAUUGUGUAAUAGAAUUGUCAACCUAAAAUACUGUCAUAAUUAUAAAUACAGUUUAUACAGGUUUUAUUCCAAUGUUCUGUAUAAAUAACCUCUAAAAUAUGUAAACCGACCAUAAAUGUCCACAUUUUGGUUUUCUUGGAAAGCUGUGAGUGUUAUUAUAUGAGUACUUCAUAUCAUCAACUGAUUUCAGACAGUGUAUGGCUGUGGAUUGACUGCAUUGUUUGUUUGGAAUGUUAAUUAGAAAACAUUUAUGGAAUCAUUCCACUAAAACUGGUUGGCUAGCUAACAAACAUACAGUGCAGAUAAUCUUCAAAUUCAUUGUUUUACACAAUAGCGUAUCCAGUGGUGGCUGGUGGCACUUUAAAUGGGGAGGACCUGCUCAUAGUAAUGGCUUGAAUGGAAUGGUAUCAAUCACCAACCAUCCUCCCCUCAACAGCUUCCCCUGCUCUUAUCACAGCACUGGCUGACCAUGGUUGACCAACUCCCUUACCAAAAUGGCUGAUCUUUUAUACUGUCAUGAGAAGGUUCAUGUCCAUUCUAGUAUUCUAAUUCCUAAUUCUAUCGUCUGCUUGACCAAGCUACUGCUUUAUUGUAUGGUCAUGGGAAUGUGCCUGUCUUCUUUGACAGCUCUGUGUUGAAAUAGUGACUGUAAAUAUGCAUUUAGUAAGAAAUUGAGUAUUCCUUUUCAUUGCAGUGAAAAUGUUAGGUACAAUGGUUUGGUAAUACAGUUCGAGAGUUGCUAGGGUUUUCAGGGCAUUCUUCUGAGGCUGGUGAGACAUAUGCCUACUUCCUUCGCUGAUUUCAUCUGUUGUUUUUGUUCGAUAAAUUCACAUCCUACCGUUUGAUUGACACUCAUCAUUGAGGAUGUUGCCCCUUGGAUGGAGCUAUGAUCAAAUUUGGGUGUAGCUGCCAUCAACCACACCUUUUAUAUGCAUAAGUAGGUUUCACAAAUUUUUGUCGGCAAUAUGACAUCAUACAUAUCGUGGUUACUUCCUGCUUACAGAUACUACCACCAACAACAAUAUUCAAGGUGCAGUGGCUAGCUGUAGAUGCGAGCAUAGGUUAUUUACUACUAAUUUUCCAAAGAUAAUUUAGCAUUUACCAGGUAUCAUUAAAGAAGCAUUCUGCCUUGUUCGUGUCUAGUUUAGUCAUUUGUAGUUCUACUGAGUUUUCAGCACUUUAAAAUGAGACUAUUUGAUGUAAUUUCAUAUUAACACCCAUGUCUUACUGUCAAGGAUAGCAACAGUUAUGCUAGCUCAUUAGGCGGAAACACUGCAACUUAACAACUAGACCUCCUUUUGAAGUUUACUUCAACUGGUACCGGGCUACCUUCAAACAAGUUUUGUAAGUGUCCUAGAGCAAAACAACCAACACGUUCGUGAGAGUCUCACCUUUCCAUAGAGUGGUCAUAUUAGUUUGUAGGUCAAACCGUUCGGACACUACAGAUGUUUGUGAGAAAAACGAUUUUUGGUAUGUUUCAUGGUCUGACAAACGCUGCUGUAGCUCGGCCACCUUCCCCCACAGAUGUGGAAGGCUGUCAUUGGCGUAUGCGGUGGAUUGAGACGCAGCCCAUGCAACAACAACAAAAACAUCUCUAGUUUAAAACACGGAUUUUGAUGGGUAUGUUUUUAUUAUGUUGAUUAGAUUUCCGCGGGGGCGCGGACAUCGACUCUAUGGGGUUAAAAUGUUUAUGAAAAUAUAUAUGGAAGUAGUUUAGUGCCAAAAAAAGGGGUUAAAUAUGGGAAUUAAAAAAUAUAUAUAAUUUCAGAUAUAGGACAGACACUUUAAAACAAACUUCCUUUUGAGUCUGAAUCUGUUACUCAAUGCGUUGCUAUGGGCAGUAAGUAAGCAGUAAGUUUCCCCCAAAAAAUACAUUUGCUUUAAUAUAUUGAUACCUAAAUGGGUCCUAAAAUUCUAUAUCAGAUAACUAAAUGAUCCUUGGUAUGACCAUCGUAAAACACCCACCAGCCCUAUAAUUUGUAAAUAUUUCACAAAUAAAUCAGACACCAUUCUCUUAAAAUAUAGUAUUGGUUUGAAGAUCAAAUACAGCUUCAGUUGACUGAGCCCUUGAUAAUGGGGCAGUUAUACACAAAAUACUCCAUAUGUACAUACAUUGUUUGUCGAUUAGCAGAGUAUGGAAAUCCAUUUUUCCAGUACAAGUAGCUGUGUAAUAUGUGGGGAAAUAAUCUGUGAAUUUUAGAGAUCAAAUGUUUUUUUGUGUGUCAGUGAUAUGCUUAGAAUUUUAGUGAGAAAAUCAGGAAUUUGUCUUAAACUUUGUCUACAACCGUACGGUUGACUCCAUAAUGUUAAUCAUGGGCACAAUCUGGAAAUAUACUGUACUCUCACCACAAUCAUGUGGACCUUGAACAUAUGAGUACAAUAAUUAUUUAUUAAAAAUCUAUUCUAAAAUAUAAAAUAAUUAUUACUCAAGAAUUGUUCAGACUUUUGUGAAUUAGUGUCCAUUAUGCAAAGUCUUAUUGGAUUCCCUUUUCUUUUGUCAUCUGAUGUUAAGACUGGAACUCAACUGGCAUCUUAAGUUUGGAAAUGUUUUUAUAUUAAUAAAGUCUCCUAUUUUCAUGUCAA